CAGACGUGAUGUGCUUGUGUGUUUUUCUGCUCUGCUCUGGACUUCACUUCACAACAGGCUGUAAAGUAGAGUUACCAUACAUCACCUGUUCUCCAGGAGAGUCUGUGCUGCUGCCCUGCAGUGAUAUAAACUCAGGUCACGCUGAAGUCCAGUGGUGGAUUUUUGAUUCUCAGAAGCACACUCCUCAAUACUCAGUGUUUCCAGUGGACGCUAUUAAGGGUCAGCGAUACAAAGACAGAGUUCAGAUUCACAGGAAUCUCUCGCUGUCCAUCACUCGACUCACUGUAGACGACACAGGAUUGUAUUGCUGUAAAACAACAGAGACUGACGAAAGGAGCUAUGUUCAGCUAAUUGUUGAAGGUUGUUCUAUAUCAGGGAAUGAAGGAUCAGUGGAGAUCAGCAGAUAUUCAGGGGAAUCUGUGUUUCUGUCCUGUUUGCUCAAAUGUACUGCUCGUCAUAAACCAGAUUCAGAGUUCAGAUGGAAAUUACCAAACUACAGAGAAAUAAACCCCACUGAACUCCACCGACGCUAUCAGGGCAGAUUUCACAUGUUUGAUAGAAGCUCAGGAAACCUCUCUCUGCUGAUUUCUGACCUGACUGAGGAAGAUGAAGGACUGUAUUCCUGCUGGAGAAAUGAGAAUCAACACAAGAGCUUCAGACUCACUGUUAAAGGCUGUGUUUUAUCCGAACAUCACGUCACCAAGAGCUCAUAUGCAGGAGAAUCCGUGAUUCUUCCAUGUUCCUGUGAAGAUCCCAAAACCAAACCAGAGCACUUUGAAUGGAAGCGAGCAGCUGUAAAUGAGACGCUGGUUUCAGACGCUGAGGAGAUCAACGGCCGAUUCCAGAUGAUCAGAGAUUCUCCUCAUAAUCUCUUCUUACGGAUCUCAAACCUGACCGAGACUGACGGAGGACUGUAUGUGUGUUCAGUCAACGGCAAACAAUCCAGACACGUCACUCUCACUCUUACAGAUUCUGCUGUUAUAAAUGCUCUCGAUUAUCAAUACUAUCUGAUAUUUCUGGUCUUUCUGCUCUGUCUGAUGCUGCUGCUGGCGGCUGGAUGCAUCUUCUGGAGAUUUGCAAGAGCUAAAAAAGGAAGCAGAGGAAGCCGAGAGAUCCAGAGAUCAAAUGAUGAGGAUGAAGUGACAUACUCAACCGUGAUGCAGAUUAAAGGUAGAAAACCAGCAGAAAAACAGCAACAGAAUGCAGCGGUUGCACUGAACAAGAGGGUUGAAUCCACUGAGGAUGACGUGACUUACUCCAGUGUCACACACAUUGAAGGGAAAAAAAGACCUUGCAAAAAGGAAGACGAGGUUAUGUAUUCGACUAUGGCAGACAUGAGCAGAUCUACUCGGGAUGAUGUUACGUAUUCAUCUGUAGUCCACAUCAAAUCUCACAAACCAAAAUCCCGACAGAUGAACACUGAGGAGGCCACCGUCUACGCAAGUGUGCAAAAAAGAUAAAA